UGUGGAGCAGUGUGACGCAUGAUCCCUGGACUACUAAAGAAUUGAAAACGAUCACACUUUGGAUCACAUACCUAGAGUGGCCGCAUACAAAAAAGGUUAUUAAGCGUACACCAGGAGUUAGCAGCUGCUUUUCCACCAGUCACAUAUGUGUUGAAAGAUGCCUCAAAAGGAUUUACCAUGUGAAUCUUUCUGAAUUUCAGCCAGCUGCCUUUAGAAAUGCAGAUAAAGAAAAUGAAGGAUAUCGGAGAACAUUUGUAUACUGCACAAAUGAAUUGCGGACACAGUUCCUUGACUAUGUCACCCAAACAGCCUAAUUCUAGUAGAGCAACUCGACCAGACAGGCAAGAAGCACAAACCCUCCUGUACCAAGGCUCAGAGGCAGAGGCUGCCUUGAUGACCAUCGCCACGUGUGUGAAGUGCAAAAGUGUUCACAAAAUCCCUCUGCAGGAUUUGAAGAAAGAUACUGGGCAAAACCAGAAGGAAGACAAAUACGUCUGUCUCAAAUGCAGCAUUCAUGUAUCUCCGCCUCACUUUCAUUUUGUGAACAAUAAUCCCAGUGCUGUUCACAUUGGAAAUAAUACUGAAGCCGUCUCAAGUCCCGUCAACAAAUUUAAGGUAAGGAACUUUAAGCCAGGCAAAUAUUACUGUGAUAAAUGUCGUUUUUCUACAAAAGACCCGCUGCAGUACAAAAAGCACACACUUCAACAUGAAGAGAUUAAAUUCGUUUGUUCUCACUGCAGCUACAUUUCAUACACAAAAGGAGAGUUUCAGAGGCAUUUGGUGAAGCAUACAGGCAUAUUCCCUUAUCAGUGUGAGUACUGUGACUACGGUGCUAUUAGAAAUGAUUACAUUGUAAAGCAUCGGAAAAGGGUCCAUGAGAGAGCCGGUGCAAAGCGGCCUCUCAAGACCGUUAGCAAGCUGGAACCUAAAAGAAUCAGUGUUUCAAGAGAAAAUGCGGACCUUUUAAAGGCUCCCAAUCCAAGGACUACAUUUCAAAAUAAGUUAUCCGAUCAGCUUUCAAGGUUCUCUCUCCAAGGAAAUAAAGACAAAAUGCAUAGCAUCACAAUGUUACCUGAAUCAAACGAAUACCAAAAAGACGUCGUGUGCAUUCCAAAUAGAGUGAGCCUACCUGAGCCUAACGAGGUUGGUCUCUUUGAGAACAAAAGUGUUGAGGUAGAAGUGUUGUCACCUGCAAAGGAACCUGUUCAGCCAGGCGUGCCCUUAACGGUGGUGGCCCCGUCCGAGCUCGUCGUCCCUGCAAACUGCUUAGCCCAGUUGAUAGACGUGAAGGUUGUCAACGGCACACAGCAGCUUGUUCUGAAAUUGUUUCCACUUGAAGAAAAUAAUCGCCUUGAAGCUGACAGGGGUGAUGGAGGUAAUUCUGAGCAGACAACUAAAGAGAAGGGUUCAAAUGAACAAGAACAGAUACCCGGUGCGGAAAAAACAAAGUCGCUAACAAUGGAAGGGAACGUUGGGAAACUUUUAGGCAUUGAUAGUCUUCAAUCUUCAGUUCAGAAGCAACUUAAAAAUGUGAAAUGGGUAAGAUCUUACGACUUUUUCAUGUCCAACUCUACUGUGCACAACUAUAGAGAAUCCUUUUUUCAUUCUGAUAUGGUUGAGGAUUUGCAGAGAAAAAGCAGUUUAUAUGCACAUAGAACCACUGCACCUCCUCUUGCCUUAACAGCCCAUUCUCCGCCAUCUGUAGUAAAAAACAGUGUUUUCUGUGGUCUUGGACCUGCAUCAAACUCUUUUCCAUAUAAAGCUGCUGCUGCUUUUGCUGAAGAUGGAAGAAAUGUACGCAGUGACUCACAGCAGUCGUUUCCUCUUGCUGCAUGGCCCGCAGCUAUUUCCUUUUCUGGAGAAAAGAGUGUACUACCCUUAAGUGAAAAUGACUUUAAACCUAGAAGUAACAUUAGUAUUCCUGUAAAAAUGGUUUCCUCUAGUAGAAAGCUGGUAGAUAACCAGACAGAGCCAAACAAGGUAGUUUCAAAUAUAGGUCAGGUUUCCUCUCCACAUAAAAGUGAGUAUUUACACAUAAACAUAACUGGAGAAGAAAGGGCUAAGUCUCACCAACCUGGGGAGAAGCCUAUAGAACGGAAGGAUUCUGAAAGGACUAAGGACAAUUUUGACGGCCCAGUCAUCUCAUCAGUAUUUUCUCUGAGCUCCGGAUCUGAAAAUGUGCCAGAGGGUAUUAAGUGGAGUAGUUCAACAUCCAAAAUAAAGUCAAUUGAGCUCUUGCGCAGAAAGAUAGCUCAGUUAAUUGAGUCCUGUGGCAAGCCUUCCUCUCUGUCUGCAAAUGGUGCACACCGUCGUUCUGUGGGGCAGGCAACAAAGGUAACUUCAAAGGCACCCUCUGAAUGUAUUCAAGAAAUUAAUGUGUCUCUUACUGGCUCAGGCCCUGGCCCUUCCACGGGUCCUGUCCAGAAACCUCCGAAUGAAGUUGCUGUUGUUGGCAAAGGACAGCUUACACGUCAGGAGAUCUAUCCACAGUUCAGUAAUGUCACAGAUGGGAGAACUGAGAGAGGGACCAGAAAGGCACCUGUGGCUACCCCCGUGCUCAUCCCCAAGGGGGCUGUGUUAAGGGUUCUCAACUCCUCAGAGGAUGCGCACAUCAUAGAGGCCACCUGUGAUGCACCUGUCGCCAUUCCUUGCAGUGAAGCUCAUUUACCAAAACCAGUCCCAGUCCGUCCUGUGAAACAGUCAGACUCAGACUUACAGCCUUUGAUGAGCAAAAGUGGCCCGGUAGACAUGUCCUGGAGUCUCGAGACAUCUCUUCGGCCUAAACCAAGAAAAGACGAUGCCAUCUGCAGUAGCACCUCUAAGAAAACUGGCCCCAUGCAUGGGCAGCAUGGGAGGCUGCUCUCCAGAAGUAUUCCUGGGAGCAGGAGUAAAACCAAGCAAGUAAACUCAUCCAAGAAGAAGAGCAAGAUUCAGGCUGAGUCCAGCCGCUGCUUCAAGGAUCCUUCCAUUUUUCAGGUUGCAAGACAGCUUCGACUAGUAGCAGUGAAACCCGACCAGUUGAUUAAGUGCCCCCGUCGGAACCAACCCGUCAUUGUGCUGAAUCACCCCGAUGUUGACUCGCCAGAAGUGACUAAUGUGAUGAAGGUAAUCAACAAGUACAAAGGCAACGUCCUGAAAGUGGUUUUGUCCGAGAGGACUAGGUGCCAGCUGGGCAUCCGACGGCAUCACCUACGACUCACCUACCAGAACACAGAGGAAGCUAGCCAGAUAAAGAGGCAAAUGAUGUUGAAGAUGAAACUGAAAAAAGUUCACAAAAACAACUACCAGGUGGUGGAUUCCUUGCCCGAUGACUCGUCACAGUGCAUAUUUAAGUGCUGGUUUUGUGGGCGGCUCUAUGAAGACCAGGAAGAGUGGAUGAGUCAUGGCCAGCGGCAUCUGAUUGAGGCAACUAGAGAUUGGGAUGUUCUUUCUUCCAAGGGCAAAUGAGUAAAAAUUUGGCAUUUGAAGCAAGUUGUUUUUCAUUUGUUGGGGGCUUCCCUCUCCCAGGUGCAGUAGGAGAAACCCAUACUGUAGGAAUGAGCAUCGUUAAUUCUUCAGAACCCCUGUAGGAAUGUCAAGAGCGCUUAGCCUGAGCUCAGGGCUAGACCUUAGGAGGUGUUAGAAGUCCCUGGAAUUGUCCACACAGGUGGAUGCAGUUCUGUAGAGAAAGUAUGUGAAACUCAGCAGAUUUUCAGUGGGGUUGGAGACCUUUCUUUGUUUAGUGCCCAUAGUUCUGAGUAGAUGGGAACCUUUCACCGUCCAUUCAGAGGGGCAGGUUUAGAACAUGCCACACUCCUGUGAGCGCUACUGAAGAAUUAAGCCUACAUUUUGUUGUGCACAUACACUUUGUUUUUGCUUUAACUCCGUUCUGGAAUAUUUGUUACACAGUGGAAAUUGAAUUUUCUGCAUCAUUAUCUUUAAUUUGUUUAUUCAAAAAUGGCCAUCCUUUUUAAUCCCUCCCUAUUCUGUAAUACUCAUUUUCAUGUAGCACUGAAUUUUCCUUUUCUUGGCUGUUUCAAGAAAUGCUUCCAAGGAUUUGCCUGCAUUUACUACUUAAAAAGUGUUUUAAAAAACACAUUUUUCAAGUAUUUUCCUUUUGCAUUCUUUUAAAAAUCUUGACUUGUGACAGUUGGGUAGGGAAUGUGCCUUUUAAAAAAGUUACAGAGGGAAAAUAUCUACAAGAAAUUCUCCUCUUUGCCUAUAACACUCCCACAGCAUAAAUUAAAUGGCCAGUUUAAAAUGGGAAGGAGUAGGUUUCCUACAACACAGUUAAACCCAUGGGAAAGCAGUUGAAGGUAGGCUUGUAAAGCAGGCUGUGAAGGGUCUAAUCUGACUUAGUUUUCACCUAGGGACUCAUCCAGAAACUGGGGACAUGGGGUAUGUUCUAGAUCACGGGGGACCCCAAAUACUGGUGGCCGGGACCAGUCCUUCCCUGCUUUGCCUGUUUUUCUGAACGCAUUCUACCUUGGAAUAAGGCGGCUUCCCCAUCUCCUCUCGAUCUUUUCCUUCUGUGCCUUUGAGGUGUCGGGGAGACUUUCCCUCAUGAUGUUACUAGAAGUGGGCAGAAAUCCCCUGCUGCCUGCGGAAGCAGGCACUACCCUGAUUUGCAAAGCCAGUAACAACCUGCUGGUGAUGCAGCUUGAUCAGUCACACUUCCCUAGUGCUCGUCUUCGCUGGGAGGACUUCCACUUCCCUCACCACCCACAGACAACAGGAUUUCUAUUGACUUGCAGGGUACCUGUGUGUACGAGAGCAGGUAGACAGCUUGGCAAACACAGCUUACCCCUGAAAUUGAGUCUUCGCUGGGCCAGGCAGCAAGAUAAAAGGCUGAGGCAUGGGGCAACUCGCAGGCCUGCCUGCCCUUCCAGGGGCAACUGAUUGGUACAUUGGGAGGGGGAGCUGUUACAUCUAAAAGUGGCACUAGUGACUUCUAACUUGCUCAGUAAUUAGUUGGAGACUUAGUGUUCUUUCUGUUUUUUCACAUGGGAAAGUCUUAGAUUAUCCUCUGAUGGGCGGAAUGAUACUCCUUUGAAGUUUGUUCCUGUCACUAAUGCUUGACAUUUCUUCAGUACAAGAUUGUUAAGUUGAUUGAUUUUAUUAAACCUUGCAUUUUUAUAUGUGUGUGUGUACACAUACAAGUUUACCACAUGGAAAUUGCAAUAGCUAAUCUUCUGGUUUCCUAUUUUAUAAUAUGUGGGCUGGAAAAAUUACAUUUUUAUAUUCCAGAAAUUAUUUAUUUUGGAAGUACAUUUUUAUAAUGGUUUGAUCUCAUUUUUAGAUAAUGAAAGCACAGUAAGUGAUGGGGUCUCAUUUAUAUGAACAAAUAGGAGUAGAAACCCCUGUGGAUCAUUUCAUUACAGCAUUCGGUCCUUGCGUGUUUUUAUUUGGUGCUUUGUGGCUGGUAGGUGUUGCACCACUUUGCUACGUGGUGAAGAGCAUUCUGAAGUUUUAUCCGUGUUACAGACUUGCACCCUCCUGCAUGAAAGAGAUCUAAGAUGUGGAGAGGAGAAGAAAAGCCUGUGAUUUUUAUUUUAUUCUCCUAUACCUCACCACUUAGCAGCUUUUUCCUGAGUGGCUGGACUGAGAGCUGAUCAGGUCAGAGUAUUUAGCAUCAGCUUGAAAUAUUUACACUUCACAGUAUCAGCUGUUGUUCAAGUAUUACCUAAAACACAUCUUGAGUACUUACGUGGAACUGAAUUAAUUGAAUUUUGUGAGUAGAGUAUGUAGCAAACCCUUUCGGGGAUUUUUCAGCACUGUAAUACUUUUUAAGGAGUUAAAAGUUAUUCUGGAAGUCGGAAAAAUGGGAAGGCAGAAGAAACUGUCUUCCCCAAAUAAAGAGCUUUAGAAAGUAGCUUGUUAACAUGUAGGUAAUGUCAUGAAGUGAACACGUCUAACAAAAUCGGAGGGAGUAGGGGCAGAACUAUUGAGUACUUACGUACUCUGACCUUAAUUUUGAAGGAUCUCUGGUCACUACAUGUUGUUAGUAGCACUAAUAAAGUUAUUUUAAACUUAUUUUUUUAAAGUAGGUUUUCUUACUUUUGGGCCAGAAAUGAGACAGUCUUGUUAUAUUUAUGACAUAGGCAAAUAAAACUUUUUAAAAACCUACUAAGUGUACUCAAUAGGUUAUAUUUUAUUCAAAUUUUUAUCCCCGCUCCAAAACAUUUUAUGAGCCCCUCCUGUGGGCUAGGGGCUAUUUGAUGAACUAAACUGAACACAACGUAUUAACCCUCAUAAGCCAUCCCAGAAAAUAAGAUGUGAUGCUGCUCAGCCUUUGGAAAAACUUUAGAAUCUGUGAAUGUCUAUAUGAGCAGAAAGCAAAACUUUGUAGAACAUGUUAACCAUUAUUAUAAUUCCUGUGUUAACAGUCUGUGUCUGCUGCUCUGGUUUUGAAACACGUUUGUAUAUAGAUAUAGAAGUUGGAGUAAAUUUUGUUAAAUAAAGUAACUGUAAGAUUUU